UCACUUCACAGAAUACAAAUACAAAGCUCCUAAUCAUUCCUACACUUGGGAUCUGCUCACUCGUAUCGAUCAGUAGAGGAACUACGCGGAAGCUCCACCGCGCUUUCCGUGUGUGAUCUCAGGGAACCAUCUCGUCUCUCCGCACGUGGGCAGAUCGGCGCCAGGCAGCACCGUCAUCGAGUUCGCGCCGACCUUUACCUCCAGCGAGUCCAAGCGCGCAUCGUCCAAUGUCACCUCCUCCGCCCCGCGCGACAGCUGUACACGCCAGCUCAGCUCCUGGGUCAAGAAGGGCACGACUGUCUCGGGCUCGAAACUGGCCUGCGAGAGCACGCGUGCGAGGGCCUCGUUGAGGUGCACGAAGCCCUCGAUCACGAAGCCGCCGUCCGCGUGGGCCUGGGCGGUGCAGUUGGCGCAGCGCGCAGAGGACGUGUUCACGAACGCGGUGUGGGAGCCGACGUACGAGGGCGACGCCCGCCAUUCGAGAGGCGAUGAUGGGACGGGGCCGAGGAAGAUGAGGACGCAGAACGUCGAUGGGAGGGCGUACUUCUGCACGUGGAUACGGACGGACCAGUCGAGCAUCGUUGGUGUGGAGAGCGAUGGGGCAGGGUGAGCCGCGACCAGCGGUGCCGCAGUUUCGGUCUGCGUGUGCAGGGCAGCACGGAUGGUGGGCGUGUGAGGUGUGGGAGAUGGUGCGGCUUUGGCUUGCACUGGUGCCGCGCUGGCGACGUUUGUCGCGUCGGUGCUUUUCGCACCAUUCGCUGCUGUCGCCAUCUGGAAGAAAGUGGCACCGCCGUACAGCCUGUUCACAGCUCGAGAUAUCGCUGUCUUCACAGCCGCUGGCUUGGUCAGAUCGAGCCCGUUGAAUUCGGGAUACGAGUAGCCGAGGGUGCUAGUCUUGGUCGUCUGAGUUGAUAGCCAGAAGCCGGCCCGAAAUCGAGACACGUACCCGUGCUUGGUCCAAUAAUCGCGUUCGGUGGGAUAGUCCACGUUCCGCCUUCCGCCGGCCCACGCGACACCCACACGCCGGGGUUGAGAGCCGACCACAGCGAAAGCAUCCUGUCGACGUUUGCAUGGUGCAAGAAGAACACCGGGUCGAAGCCUGCUACGGACGGGUCACCCAUCUGACCUCCACCGCCAACAUCGUUGUGGAUUCCGUCGUGAAUGGCCUCGAGGCUGUUGCUAGCGCUGCCGCCAUCGUCGGCCGAGUGGUUACUGAAUGCGGGCCAGGUGUGGACACGAGUGAGCAGGCGGUAUGUGCUGGACCGGAUGUCCUCCGCGGAGGAUUGCAGCUGUCUGCGAUUACCGUCAGCGAGCAGAAACGUCUUCCACAUGUCAGCACCUACUGGAUCAGCGCUCGGACAUUGGUCUUUCCCUCUCUGGUCGGGUGCCUGAGCGUGGAGUCCCACUGGCUGUACGGUUCCGGGAAGCUCGCAUCAAUCGGGUGGAAAGUGUAUGCAAAGAGCGGGUUCGGCACCGCCCCUCGCGUUCCGUCCGGGAGGGUGAUCGUUACCUGCCUGUCCUGGAUGACCUGGUGCGGGAGGACCGCAUUUACGGCCCAGUCCCAAUAUGGGGCACGGAGAUUCGCAGCCGCCUGGGUCCAGCGCUCCGAAUCGGCUUUGUAGCCCUUGGCGAUCUCCACAGCUUUCGAGUUGAGCACUUGCUGUGUGAUUGUUAUGGACGGGAUUACGUGUCGGGACAAAACACGGACCUCGAAGAGAGCCACGUAGGGCCGGUGCCAGGUUGGGAAGAGGGUGGAUCCAUGGGUGCAAUACCCUCCCCACUGCAAGUCGGGCGGUGGGCUUUCCGUGCUGCCGGAUUCGUUCCACUGCACGUAAGGCAGCCCGUGGAUGCCGGCAAUCUGGAAGAAGGAGGUCACCCCUGCUUGGUUGUCGCUGAACAUGGACGCUGCGGGAUGGGUGCAUUAAUCGGCUGCAUCUGGAGACCUGGAAAGACGCACCGAGAGCUUGGAUGUACAGCGAAAACUGCUCCUCGCUCUUAAUGAGCUCGUUGAUUUCGAGACGGUUGGGUGCAUCAGCUCCCUGAGUGUUUCCACCUCUCGCUCCUGUGAUGACGAAAUGAGACGACAUGCUUGUACGAUUCCUGUUGUGUAUCUUGCGUUGGUUUCCCGUCCUGCUUUUAUAUCUUGGGCAUUGCUUUAAGGCAUUCCCACAUACCCAUAGGUAAAUGAAUGCGUUUCUUGAGUAUGCAUCUGCACCUCUACAUAAUGCGUUUCACCCAUCCGUUCGCGUAGGUAGCUGUGCGUCACACUAUACUCGAAGGGGACAGACGGGGACCUACUUGGAUGCAACACUUGA